AUGGAAGCCGCACAAAGUUCUUUUGAAGAAGCUCUUAAUUCGGCUUCGGAUGCAUUAUCGCCAAAAUCAGGAGAUAUCAUCCAGGAUUCUGCAGCUGCUAACAUUCUCGAAGCUUCCAGCAGUGAUGCUGAUGCUUUGGAUGAGGAGAGUGUGAGUAUCAGUGCAGAAUCAGACGAGUCAACUGAAUUAUUCGAUACAAUACAUGUUAGCACAUUUUUCAGCUUUUUGGCAAAAUGCGGUGUGAAUCUCGUUCUUCCGUUUAUCAAUGGAGUGAUGCUUGGAUUUGGUGAGAUAUUUGCUCAUGAAUUCGCAUACAAGCGCCACUGGAUAGGUGCAAGGAUAUACCCUCCUAGAAGAAUGCUUGCCGCCAACUCUGCUAAUGGCGGAAAGAAGGAGAAAUCUGUUUUGAUGUAA